CUAUCCUUGCUUUUCGCCCGCUUAGCUGCAGCUCUUUCUAUCAGCUGAUUGUUUGUGGGGGAAUCCUCAUCAACCAUGAUAUAAGAAGCAGUUACCUGCCUCUGUAGAAAUCGAUAGCAGACAAACCACGCCUCACCAUGUUUGCUAUCCUGCUUGUUAUUCUGGUUUUCUCCAUUGCCGGCUGGCGUGUGCUGCGCCCCCGCCCCUCGAAAUUACCCCUUCCCCCAGGCCCCAAUUUUGUCACGGCCCUUCGAGCUGGAAAUACCGACUUUAAGGCGUUUGAGGAAUGGACGAGACAAUACGGCCCCGUUGUCAGUGCACAGAUCGGCACACGAACUUAUAUCAUUCUCGGGACACGCCAGGGUGCUCAGGAUCUGUUGGAAAAGCGAGGAAACAUUUACAGCUCCCGUCCGGCUUCGGUUCUCCUGGAUAAGUAUCUAUCGAAAGGUCUUGCGGCGGCAUUUAUGCCGUAUGGACGAGAAUGGAGAUUAAACAGACGAAUGCAUUCGUCUCUAUUGAGCGCCCGUGCUUCGGAAACAUACCAUAUCCUCCAAGACGUCCAAAGCAAACAGCUUCUUCAAGGCUUCCUGUCGAAUAACAACUUCUCCGAAGCAUUCCACCACUAUACCUCCGAGGUCAUGUUCACUCUCGCAUUCGGAAAAGGACAGGGAAAGAACGAUAGCGAUCACCAGCGGCUAGAACAGAUCAGCGAGAUGGUGACAUUUAUCCUGCAGGGUGCGUCAUUCGGAUCGACGUUGCUGGAUUUAUUCCCCUCAUUCGACCUCCUUCCCAGCUUCAUUUGGAAAUGGAGAACACAAGCAAGUGAGCUACACGACAAGACGAAGGCUGCCUACACUGAGUGUUGCAAUACAGCUUUGGAGUCGGAGUGCUGGAACUGGAGUCAUGAAAUUAUCCAGAAGAAGGAGGUUAUGGAAUUACCCUGGGAGCAUGUCUGCUAUUCUCUCGGGGAGCUGUACGUGGCUGGUGUGCAUACCAGCAAGAUGGUGAUGGAGGUUUUCGUCCAGGCCGUUCUCCUCUAUCCUGAAGUGAUACAGAAAGCACAGAAAGAGCUCGACUCUGUCGUCGGUUCAGACCGAUUACCCACAUUCGAAGACAUCGAAAAUCUACCAUAUGUCAACGCCCUCAUCUCAGAGUGCCUACGCUGGAAGCCCAUCUCCCCCAUCGCCGUCCCUCACGCCGUCAUCCAAGAUGAUGAAUACAUGGGCUACCACAUCCCCAAAGGCGCAACGGUGGUCGCAAAUCAAUACGGGAUGAACAUGGAUGAAAAUGUCUUUGAAAACCCAACCGCCUUCAACCCCGAUCGAUACGUCGAGAACCCAGAUCUUCCAGUCUCUGCAUUUGGCUUCGGGCGACGACUCUGCCCCGGACACCGCGUGGCACGUUCGACAUUGUUUAUUGUCAUUGUCCGCGUCCUCUGGGGGUACGAUAUUACGUAUGAUGGUGAAAAGCCUACGGCAGAGACCAAUGCGGCUUCUGUUAAGGCUGUAUUCAAGAUCCGGAGCGCAGAGCGUCAAAAGGUGAUUGAACAGGAGGCUGCGUCGGCGGAUACAGAUGAGAAAUGGGCGUUGAAUAUUAUCAGAGAAAAGUUGAAGGGCAUCAAGGAGUAGUCAGUUAGUGCUAUAUUGGGGAUAGUAUUAGGGUAAUAACGGAAUUCAACAUGGAUUAAUUGUAGGAGGCAGAUUCAUAAUGGCGGGAAGAGAGUAUAGAGCCAUCCAGCAUGAUGAUGUUCUCUGUAAUCUC